AUGCUGAUGCACCAGCUGUUUCAACUACUGCUAGCUUCAGUCCUGGUGACUGUAGCAACAGCAGCAGACUCAGCCUCUCUUGCGGCUACUCCGACAUCUAACGAGGCUUCGACGACAUCGGCCACAGGUAUCGCAACUCAUACUUUUCAAGUUGGACCGAAAUCCGAUCCACAUCAGUAUGUGCCGACCAACAUAACGGCAAAUGUGGGCGAUAUCGUCGUUUUCGAAUUCUACCCAACAAACCAUUCGGUGGUGAAGGCAGACUAUCUUGCUCCUUGUGUGCCAGCUAGUGGGAACAUCUUCUAUUCUGGCGCUUUUGAUGAUUUCAAUGAGCAACACGGUCAACUUGUCGGACCUGCUCCGACAUGGUCAAUAGUGGUCAAUAACACUGAGCCAACAUUCUUCUACUGUACCGCGAUAGAUUCUUGUCUCAAGAACGGCAUGGUUGGCGUGAUCAAUCCGAACUCAACGCAGACAUGGGAAUCUCAAUACAAAAAAGCCCUCGAAUACCCCUAUAUGCUGGUACCCGGCCAGUCAAUGCCAGCAGAGGGCGGUGGUAGUGACACCGACUCAGGUUCCAAUGACAAUAGUUCCGGCGGCAAACAUCUCAGCACGGGCGCUAUUGCGGGUAUCUCCGUCGCGGGCGCAGUGUUCCUCGGAAUUCUGGUCGCAUUGUUCUUCGUCCUCGGCCGAAACCGCGUAUACUCUCAGUGGGUGUCCUCACAAGACGGUCGGACAGAACGGACUCGUCGAUGGGCACUGUUCAAUCAUGAUGAUCAAUACAGUGCCAGCAACCGAAAAAGUGAAAUCGGGAGCACUGCCGCGAAGCCAGGUCAUAUCGAUAUUAGUGCGGUGUCUAGCCCGGAUCCCACCGUCCGAACGUUCUCACCGGGAAUGGAAAAUGUUUCCGCGCACGGUGGCUCUCCGGCUGCACAGCAGGGUCAUUGGAGUUGGAAUGAACCGCCUGUACCGAGUCGCGCAUAUGGUGCCCCGACGGAACUGGAGGGCCAUCCCAUCAUUUGGGAGGCUCCCGGGAGUACGCCUGGGGGUCGGUUCUAG